CUUUCCAACCGCCGGGCCCGAGCAACUCCACCGAGCGUCACAAAGCCACGAGCCCGCAAGGAGCGCACAACUCUCUGCGUCCCCGUACCGGAUCGCGAACCCCAGUUCCAUCACCACCAUCCGCCACCAUGUCCAGCGAGGAGCUGGCCUGCAAGCUGCAGCGCCGGUUGAGACUUGAGGUGCGGGCAGAGAACGACCAGGGCGGCCCCCAGCCUGCACCCUGCGCUGCUCCAGCCGGGCUCCGGGAGCCUGAACCGCCUGCCCAGGCGCCCACGGCCAGCGGGGACUCCGAGCUGAACCUCAAGCUGAGCCGCCGGCUGGAUAUCCACCAGGGCGCAGCGCGGUCCCGCCGCUGCAAGGUCUUCAACCCCUACACGGAGUUCCCGGAGUUCAGCCGCCGUCUCCUGAAGGAUCUGGAGAGGAUGUUCAAAACGUAUGAUGCCGGCAGGGACGGCUUUAUCGACCUGAUGGAGCUGAAACUCAUGAUGGAGAAACUAGGGGCCCCUCAGACACACCUGGGCCUGAAAAGAAUGAUAAAGGAGGUGGAUGAAGACUUCGACGGCAAGCUCAGCUUCCGGGAGUUCCUGCUCAUUUUCCACAAGGCCGCUGCUGGUGAGCUGCAGGAGGACAGCGGGCUGCUGGCACUGGCCAAGUUUUCUGAGAUUGAUGUUGCCCUGGAGGGUGUCAGAGGCGCCAAGAACUUCUUCGAAGCCAAGGCCCAGGCCUUGUCAUGCUCCAGUAAGUUUGAAGCUGAGUUAAAAGCUGAGCAAGAUGAGCGGAAACGGGAGGAGGAGGCCAGGAGGCUCCGCCAGGCAGCCUUCCGGGAGCUCAAGGCAGCUUUCAGCGCGUAGUCCUGCUGACCUGACCCUUGACCGCAGCUGUGCCUUACUGACACCCUGGAGGUGACGACCAGGAUUUUCACAUUUUUAUCCCUGCAGCCCUCUGCGCAAAUGACCUCCCCCUCAAGGCCCAGGCCUGUUUCUUAGUGCUUCUGGAUAACCAGUGACUGCUUACAUCCUUCCCAGGGCCCUGGCCCCUUCCAAACGAUUUGCCAGCUGGCUCUCCCAGCCUUCACGCCUCUGCCGUUGUCCAUAGCUGAGAUUCAUUUCUUCUUGGAAACCUUAUUUGCCCCCAUGUAGUCCUGUGUCAACAAGUCCUGUUCAUAUAUGGUUCUCAGAAGACACAUUGCCCGUCGUCCGGGUAGUUUUUCCUUGUGGUCCUUGCAUUGUUUCCUGGCUAGCGUCUGUCUUCUUGUCAUUAAUCAGAUUCCACUGACUUCCUUUUCACCAUCUUCCACCCUAGUGUGAUGACGGGAUUUGAAAGAGGACUUGUGGAUCAAUACCUAUAUCCCCUCACCAACCAGGGGCUAGCUUGACGCUGCCUUUGUCCCUCUCCUGAUUCUUAACAAUGUCUGCCCUCUUGUUCCCCCUCGUUCUUCAUUUCCCAAUCUAGCCAUUUUCCCACUCCUAAGUCCUUUACUGUUAAGAAUGAAAGAAUUGUCAGAAGUAAUAUUAGUGAGUAGAAGGAUAGCUGUCAUCUGACCCUAUGCAAAUCAGAGUGGUCCUGUGAAAUUCUCAAGUGACAUCCAAGGUCUUUUGAAGUCAUGACCAUCUUCCCAUGUCUGACAUCAGCUCCAAAGAACUGAAAGAAAUGUAUCCUCGCCCAUGGGACAGAUUUUUUGUAUCUUGUGAGUUUCUUGGGACGUCUUACAAAUACCAGGGGUUGUAUUUUUUAACAAAAUCAAAACCAAAAAUUCUUAAUGUCAUAUUUAUUACUUCUCUUUUGUAACUACUGUCUUCACAAUAAAGAAACCAUCUGUCCUUCUAUCUUACAGCUGUUUACUUUUAAAUAAAAUGUGCAAAUGA